AUGGUGCCGCUCGUAGUACCUCUACUUCUUAACAGCUGCCUGGCGCUCCAGACCAGCGUGACCUCCAGGCUUCCUGCGGCGGGGUGCCGCGAUGCGGUCCCGGGCGACUGGUGUCACACCGCGCUCGCGUGGGCGAAAGAGAAAGGCGCCACGGAGCACCCGGAAUGGUUUCCAGGGGACGUGGGCGAGUACACGGCCCGGGACUUCCAGUCGCUGAUGCACCAGCUCGGCGUGGCCCAGUGCACGCCGCCCUGCGCCCCAGAGCACGUCGAGCGGCAGCACGCGGUGGUGCUUCUGCAGUCUGGCGAGGCCCUGGCUCAGGGCUUCGGCGCCUCCGAGCUCGAGGAGCUGCUGGCGAGCACCUGGGCGCCGAGGGCUGCGGCGGGCAGCCCCGCACAGUCGCCCGACGGCCCCGCCGCCGCCGCGAGCAUGUCCGACUGCGAGGACGCGGCAGAGGGCAGCCUUUGCCACCGCUCCGUGGCGUGGCUGCGUGAGAGUGGGUUCGCGAUGCACCCCGAUUGGUACCCGGGGCUCUCGAGCGACACGCCCUUCGAGCAUGUCCAGAUGAUACUCUAUUCCCUCGGCAAGGUGGGCUGCAAGAAGCCGUGCCAGAAGGCACUCGAGAUGGUGCCCGACGGCCAGUACAACAGCAGCGAAGCAGUCGCGCAACCUCCGCACAGCACCUGUGGCGACGCGGCCCCAGGCGGCUGGUGCUCGAAGUCCAUCCAGUGGCUCAGGUUCUACGGCUUCGCUCAUCACCCCGACUGGUACCCGAGCCUCGGCCCCGGGUCCACCGACAGGGAGAUGCAGACCGUCUUGCACCAGCAUGGCAAGGCCCAGUGCCCCAAGCCGUGCUCGGAGCGCGGCGCAAUCGACGCGCUCGAGGAGCCCGCGGUGGCAGCGGAGCCGGCGGCGGAGCCCGAGCCCCCGAGAGCGGCGGAGCUCGUCUGCAGCACUGCCGGGGAGGGCUCGGCCUGCUUCGACGAGGUGGUGGCCCAGAUGGAGGGGGUCCGGGAGCACCCAGAGCUGCACCCGUGGAUCACGAACGCUUCUAGCUUCGAGGAGGUGCAGGGGAUUCUCUUUGACCGCAUGGAGGCGGGCUGCACCAGACCGUGCCCCGCAGAGAACUCGACACGGCUGCUUGCCGACGGUGGCUCCGAGAUGAAGAAGCCAUAUGGGGAGAUGACGAUGGAGGAAGCGCAGGCCUACAUGGACGGCAAGUGGGAUGGCAUGGGUACGUUUCCCGAGUCCACUUCCCUCGACGACACCGUGGCCUGGAAAGCCACGACUUCGGCGCCAGUCUCGACGACGGAGGCGGUGCAAACUGCAGAGGCCCUUGCGGAGGACUCUGUGGAGAACGCAUCGGCGCCCACCUCGACGGCGGUGCAAGCUGCAGAGGCCGACGCGGAGGACUCUGCGCAGAACGCAUCGGAGCCCAAGCCCUCGGCGCACGAUGGGCCCUCGGCCGCAUGGGGCGCCACAGAGACCGCGGCUGUGACUCCGUUCGAGCUGGGGCCGAGUGUGCCAGUGGAGGUCUUGCCCGUGGACGACGGCAUGGAGACCCGCGCGGAGAGGGUGGAGGGAGCGAGCGGCACCGGGGGCACGGAGACCGCCGUGCAGAGCAGGGCCGAGCUUGCGAGGCAGGCGGAGCCUGGUGCGCCCGAGGAGGCCUCGGCCGGAGAGCCUGCCGCGGCGAUCCCGGCAGUCGAGAGCGCACCUUUGCCAGAGGCGGGGGUGCCCGCCCUGGACGAGGAGCCCCUGCCCCUCGUGGGCGAGAGCGGCGUGACGGAGGGCCCCGCCAGGGAGGCGGGCUCGCAGGUGGACGCCGAGCUCGCUGCUCGCCCUGUCCUGGCCGCCGAGGAGCAGAGCAACGCGAGCCAGCCUGCUGAGGUGCGCAGCAGCGCUGCCAUGCCUGGCAGUGCGAACGGCGACGCCGUCGAGUCUACCGAGGAUGAGAGAGACGCGACCCGCGCUGCUCCAGAGGCCGACCAGGCCGACGUCGAGGUGGUGAGUCCGGAGCCGCUGCCCCUGGUCGCCGGCGACGAGGUGGUGCACUCAGCGGUGGAGGAACAAACUUCUGAAGAGACGCAGAACAGGAGGGGGCAGGAGCUUCUCAAGGAUUCCGCUGUGGUCCUCGACACGCACGCGGAUGUUCCUGCCGAGGUGGCCAACGAGACUAGCGAGGCGCUGGAGGGGAUGGCGGUCAGUGAGAUUCGCGAGGACCUUUCGAAUGAGAUGUCCGCAAGCACCGCGCACGCAGAGAGGGAGACCAGGACCAGGGAGGACUUCGUGGAGACGUUCAAUACCACGCCCGCAGAGAUCCCUGGCCAAUCCGCGCCCUCAGAAACUCUUGCUGAGAUGGAGAGAAGGAUCCGGGAGGAGGUCCUGACGGGGAUGACAGCCAGCACUACGCCAGCAGAGAUUUCAGCCGGAAUGGCGAACGAGAGUGAAGAGGAUCGUCUGGAGGAAGUGUCCGUCAGCACCGCGCCCGCAGAACCCCCUGCAGGCAUGUUCAGCAGGAUCCGGGAGAAGGUCCUGAAGUGGAUGACAGCCAGCACCACGACCGCUGGAACUCCCUCCGACAAGGCACCCCAGAUAGGGGAGGAUGCACGCCUCAAGGAGAUAGCUGCCAGCACGCCCGCGGAGACCCCUGCUGAAGUCGAGAGCAGGACUAGGGAUGAGCUCCUGCGGGAGUCUGCGGCUGAGACCACCGUGCCCCUGGAGAUACAGGACGAGAUGUCAGCCAGCAUAAGGGCUGAGGUGCUGCACGAGCUCGAGGAAAAGUCGCAGAGGCAGAAGCAGGAGAUGAAGGACGGCGUCAGGCGUGAGCUGCUUGCCGAGAUGGGCAAAGGUGAACACGCGGACCUGCCAGGGAACAAGGAGGACCUUGAGUGA